UGUUAUGUAUAUAUUUAUUUUUAGUUUUGACGUCAAUUUUGUAAACAAACAUAUACCGCAUACUGAAAAGAAAUGCUGAUUUGUCAUUUUAUCGACUAAAUACGGUAGCCCGUAUGUCAUAACACAAUGGGAUCGUUACUUGUAACACCGUCGUCGGGUAACCGACGAGAUAUACAAACACAGAAUAACCAUUCAGAAAGAGAAGUCUGCGAAGAUUCGACAUUGGAAGAUAUUUGUCCAAAGAGACAACUAUACUCUACAAACAAUUAUUAUCAGUACUACACGGGACAGCUAGGACCAAAUCACUUCUUUCAUUUAUACACCGAGUUGUGUGGAAUAUCUAUUUACGGGGAGGAGUGUGAUUUAGAAUGGAAUUUAUUAAGACUUUAUUUAGGCCAUGGAUACAGGCAUAUAGAUAUUGUGACCUGCGAAGACUUUGUUGAGAAAACUACCAUGAGGUAUCUUCGGAUCGGGAUCAAUUUUGGUGAGGAGCUUGACGAAAUGGAUUUCCGAACAGAAGUAGAGAAAAAGAGAUUAGAAGAAUUCGGCAAAAUAGGUAGUAAACUUUUAAAAUACCCAUCUCAUGGACAACAACUAUUUUGUACAAUUAAGACUGGUGAUAUGUACACUGCUACAUUUAUGAAAUUCCCCUUCAUGACAGAAGUAUUUAAUCAGUUACAUCUGUCAACUAGAUCCACACUUAUGUCGACAACCGAAGCCCGUCUCAAAACAUGCAAAAGACUUCAGAAUACAUACGAUGCAAGCGUGGAAGACUUUGCAUACAACCUUGCUGAAGCGGGUCUGUAUCUCACUACAGACGCAGUGCUUUCACAGUGUUUUGAAUGCGGUGGAUUAGUAAACAUUGGAAAAUUAGACUUUGAUCCCUGGCACAUGCAUGCAAAAUAUCACCCAUGCUGUCCUUUCUUACUAGAAAACAAAAGACAAGAUUACGUGGACAGAAUAAGGAGGGAGUUCAAGAAACAAGUUGUCCUUAAACCACGUUGUAUUUUACAAUUCGACAAUCGAUGGCAUGCACCGGAUACGGAGGAGAAUAACGACGAUACUGAUUGGACAGAUUCAGGGUCAGAGUGUAGUGACUAUUACUCCGAAAACUCGGAAAAUGAAGAAAACAAUAUUGAUGAUGGAUGGUAAAUUUGAUAAUUGUUUUCUGUCUUCAGAAAUCCAUUCCAAAAACUAUGUUGCGUAUUUUCCAGGAACAGGCAGUGCUUAAGCUUUAUCAUGAUAGAAAUUAUUACCUUCUGAUUUAUAUUGAAAUGUUUAGAAAAUAAGAAUAAUGAAACUUUGAGUUUCAUACAUUAGAACUUUUUAAGUUUCACUAGAAACUGACAUUAGUGUGAUUCAU